GUGUUGGUGGUAAUGUGUGCAGAGAUUCAUCCCUACCUAGUGUUCACAGCAGAUAUCGAACGUAGAGUGGGGUUAUGUUCAGUUUUGAAAAAGAAGAACAUUUUUAAGUUCAUCAUUUUUAAUUUCUCUGUGCCAAUUACUGAGCUGUUGUGGAGUGAACGUUGGCUUCAUUAGCUAUGUAUGCAUGUAAAUAUUUGGUUUUGCCGUCAUUAAACUUAAUUGGGAAGGGAUGGCACAGGAGUGUACCAUUCCAAUAUAAAGUCACAAUAAAUGAAUUACAUUGCUCGUUGACCAACAACCUGAUUUAUACAAGUGCAGCCCAUAUAUGCGCUAGAAAUCUGAACCGGCUAUGUAUCAUGGGGCACCGGCCUUCUUUUCCGAAAGUCUUUGUGAGCACAUCUGCUCUUGACGUAAAUACAAAAGUAGUAAAAGACGUUAUUUUGUACCGUUACGAUAAUCCGAAAUUCUUUCGCAUUGUGAACAUUUUCGCACUGUGUCAAUUUGGCUUUUGGACAUACCUUUCUCACUUUGCUUUUACUACAAUGAGGGAUGCACCUGUUUCAAAAGAUGUGGACAAUCUGCCUUGGUGGAGGAGAAUUAAUCUCGGAGAAAAUAAAUACAGAAAUGGUUUGACAGUUUUGAGUUUCCUUAUAGGAUAUGGUAUUCUAACAGCAGCAUGGUUUUUCACUCUGAAAUCUGUUCGAUAUCUCAUACUGCGGAAGGGAGGUGAUAAACUAACAUUUGUAACAUACACACCAUUUGGGAAGAACAGGAUGUUGACAGUUGACGUGAAUAAGGUUAGCAGCCAGGAGAGCCGGCAAAAUGCUCGUGUUCAACUGCCCAUUAAAGUGAAGAACUAUCGUCUAUUUUUUGUGCUGGAUAUGAAAGGGGAAUUCCAAAAUCCCAAGCUGUUUGAUCACACUGCAGGACUGAAGAGAGAGUGGAAAACUUGAAGUAAACUGCCUGAAUAUAAUAACUGGGAAAGAAAUUACUAAGUCACAAUAUAGGAAUGGCAAUAAAUAUUUACUUAUUUGUGA